AUGGUUGUGGAACUGGAACUACCUUCGGCGCUGGCUUUGGUUCGUGCGCACGGGCGACCGUUGCUGGAUAUUGUGCGGCGAUCAAGCGGGCUCCUGUACCGAGGGGAGGCAUUGUCGUUGGGAGGCGGUGGCAAAGGAGGUGGACCUAGAGCGGUUACGGAGAAACCGGACUUGUUGGACGCGGAGACAUACGGGAGUGCUGUUGCAGCUGAGUACUUUCGAGCUGCAGAUGCUAUCAUGGACAAGGACUUCCAGGCUCCUGCGAGGCCAUCCAACGCACAUAUCAUGGUUUCCAACAAGGAGGCGGCCGCUGCUUGGGGCACGGCUUGCAGCAUCUGGCCCUUGGGGGACUCGCUCGACUACUCAUGGCUCCAUAGCUGCGCUGAGUUGUGGGACCCUCGCUGGGAGAGACCAGGAAGCCGGAGCUCGCCGCCGAACGGUAAUCGGGAGGCUUUCUUCUGGCGUGACGAAGACGGCAUGAGACGUUUCUUGGCCGAGGGCCUUCGGAUAAACUCGGGCUUGUCAGAGGCAAUCAGAGGCCGCCAUGAAGUUCUCGUCCGCAGUGGAGAAUUCUCGUUCGGCUCGGAGGCGAGAAAAGGUGCUGUGAUUCAGGACACGUUUGUGUGUAUUCCGGCGUCCGAGGAUCGAGCCGUUCGUUCGGCUCUAGGGAUUCCUGCCGAAAGAAUUCCCUAUCGAUAGAGGCCCGUAGACAGGGAUGUUCACCAUUCAAACGAGGAAGGGCUUCUGCGGCACCUGUACUACGUUCUUCAACAGCAUCACUGUGGAGUACAACGACAAGAGACGCGGCUCCCGGCCACCACCCACGAUCAUUGGAAACGGAGACGUCUGUUGGCGGGUGGGUCGGGGUAAAAUCGAAACAUUCGUUGGUAGAGAUCGAUAUUUAGCCUCCCUCCCCUUCCUUCCCCCGCGUGCUUUGUAGGGUCUAGGGUGUCGUACAGGCUGGGUGUUUGGGCAUUGAGUUUUGUCUGGGGCAAGGGAGGGCACCAGUUUGGAGCCUAACUACGGGUGAUGUUCGUCAAUGGCGAACCGAUACGCUGACGAAAGCUGCUCUAGGAAUUUAUGCGACUGUCGCAAUCCGUUCCAACCACCUUCGAGGGCUGUGCCAAAGUCUCGAGGGGACCGAGCACCCGAAUGCCCGCCGCUUUUGUGUUUGAGGUUGAGUGAUUGAGUGAUUCAGAACAUGUUUUACGCGAACAUGUUGGUCUUCAUUGCGAAGUCGAUCACGAAACUCUUGCAAGAGAGUGAGCGCCCUGGACUGAAAGGAAGGCCCACGUUCAUGGACCCAUGGACACCACCCAACGUUCAUGAAAGCGAACGCACAGAAGCAAAGGUAUACUUGGUGUUUGG